AUGGGCAGCGGAGCGAGUGCUGAAGACAAGAAGUCCAAGGAGUUGGAGAAGCAGCUGCAAGAGGAUGCAGACAAGGACGCCAAGACAGUCAAGCUGCUGCUGCUGGGUGCUGGUGAGUCAGGGAAGAGCACCAUUGUAAAGCAGAUGAAAAUUCUCCACCAGGGUGGUUACACAAAAGAGGAGCAGAUGGAGUUCAGGGCCAUCAUCUUCGGGAACAUCCUCCAGUCUGCCCUGGCCAUCAUCAGAGGCAUGCAGCAGCUGGGCAUCGACUACGGGAAUUCAUCUGGAGCGGAGGACGGCCAGAAGCUGCAGAACCUGGCAGACUCCAUUGAGGAGGGCACCAUGCCCAAAGAGCUGUCGGACGUCAUCCGGAGGCUGUGGAAGGACUCCGGGGUGCAGGCCGCCUUCGAGAGGGCCGCCGAGUACCAGCUCAACGACUCUGCCGCCUACUACCUCAAUGAGCUGGACAGGAUCACCCAGCCCGAUUACCUGCCCACCGAGCAGGACGUGCUGCGCUCUCGAGUCAAGACCACCGGUAUCAUCGAGGAGCAGUUCUCCUGCAAGGAGCUGCACUUUAGGAUGUUUGACGUGGGCGGCCAGCGGUCCGAGCGCAAGAAGUGGAUCCACUGCUUUGAGGGCGUGACCUGCAUCAUCUUCUGCGGUGCACUCAGCGCCUACGACAUGGUGCUGGUGGAGGACGACGAAGUGAACCGCAUGCACGAGAGCCUCCACCUGUUCAACAGCAUCUGCAACCACAGGUUCUUUGCCACCACCUCCAUCGUGCUCUUCCUCAACAAGAAGGACCUCUUCCAGGAGAAGAUCAAGAAGGUCCACCUCAGCAUCUGCUUCCCAGACUACGACGGGCCCAACACGUACGAGGACGCGAGCAACUACAUCAAGAAGCAGUUUGAGGAGCUCAACAUGAAGAAGGGGGUGAAAGAGAUCUACUCCCACAUGACCUGUGCCACGGACACGCAGAACGUCCAGAUCGUGUUCAACGCCGUCACGGACAUCAUCAUCAAGGAGAACCUGAAAGACUGCGGUCUGUUUUAGGCAGUUUCAGCAAAUACAGGACAUCCCCUUCUCCCUCUCUUCCGCACCUGAUUGGUCCAUUGGCGUUAUUUCAGAGCAGCUCCGUCGGGAUGGCGCCAGGAAGCCCCGGCUGGCCGGCUUAUGACGAGCAGAAGCAGAACCCAGAACCAAGCAUCUGCCCCAACACCACCUUCAUCAUUACCAUCACCAUCAUCAUCCUCAUCAUCACCGUUGUCAUCACAAUCUCCGCAGAGGUAAAAGGAGGGAAUUCAUGGAUUCCACACACCACAGGUCACUCAUUCACAGGCGCAAACACUUGCUCAUGGGGUGUCUACCACACAGAUUUAAAACUAACCCGACAAACAUGGCAACGUGUCCCUCGACUGACUGACAGCUGAUUGCGGUUCUUGAUGCUGGAGCUGCUGGUAGAAACGGGGCCUGGUCACUAAACGGAAUGAGGUUCCCUCACGUUGUCUGCACGCUGUAAAAUUUUUCUUGAUUUGGCAUUUUGAACACCACGUAUUGAACAGGUCAA